UCCAGCAAAUCCCCAAAUCCCUCAAUCCCCAUUGCCGCCUUCAUCUCCAGCUCCCUCUCUCUCUCUCUCUCUCUCUCUCUCUCAUACUCCUGCCGUCGCCGCUGCCGCCUUCGGCUCCAUCGUGGCCUCCUCGCUGCCUCUACGUCGCCUACUGGUCGUCGCCUCUAUAUCGCGGCCUCCUCCUAGUCACCGUCUCCGCCAUCGCAGCUCCAACGCAUCGCCUCUGGCGCCGCGGCCUUUAGACCACUGCCUCCGGCGCCUCCACCUCUAUCGCUGUUCAGCUCAUUGCUCGAGUACAAAUGUCAAAGAAUUGGAUGUUUCCUUUACACCUUAAUACGACAAGUGAAUCAUGCUUUCUUGGACUGAUUGAAAGCGAGUCAGGGAAAUGGUAUUUGCGAUUUGGGCAUCUUCAUUUUAAUGGACUAAGGCUGUUAUCUUCAACUGGCAUGGUGCAUGGCUUACCAACUAUUGAACCAUCAGAUCGUGUAUGUGAAGGAUGUGUAUUUGCUAAGCAGUCUCGCCUUCCUUUCCUCAAUAUUUCUUCAUGGAGAGCAAAUGCACCUUUGCAACUAGUGCACGCAGACAUUUUUGGACCAAUAGAACCUCAUUCUUUUGGUGGAAAUAAAUACUUCAUAACCUUCAUUGAUGAUUUCAGCCGAAAGGGAUUAUGGUAUAGGACAUCAACUAACAACUGCAUACUCUCCACAACAAAAUGGGAUUGCAGAGAGAAAGAAUCGAACCAUACUUGACCUGACAAGAACACUACUUAAAGAAAAGAGUUUGUCGAAAGAGUUUUGGGCUGAAGCCGUUGCAUGCUCAAUUUAUCUCCUCAAUAGGUGUCCUACAAAAAGUGUCAAAUACAUGACGCCACAAGAAGCUUGGAGUGGAUACAAACCGAGUGUUGAUCAUUUGAGGAUUUUUGGGUGUCUUGCAUAUGCCCAAAUACCUGAGAGCAGAAGGAAGAAAUUGGAUGAUCAUGGUCAAAAGUGCAUUUUUGUUGGUUAUAGUGAAGAAUCAAAAGCCUAUAAACUAUACAAUCCACUAACAAAACAGUUAGUGAUUAGUAGAGAUGUAGUCUUCGAUGAAGCAACAACUUGGGACUGGAGUAGGGACAAUGACAGGAGUGAUAGCAUUAUAGUCCAAGAGGAUGUAACAAUUCAAUCUCUACCUAUUGCAAAACAAACAUCAUCAACUACUAUCACAUCUUCUCAUAGUGCAAGCAAUAGUAAUUCGCCUUCAGAUGUUGGAAAUGAUAGUUCAUCUCCAUGGAUGAGAAAUAUUCAAGAUAUUUAUAGGGCUCCUGAAGAAAUAGAAGGAGAGGCACUAAACUUAUUUUGUUUGUAUGCUGAUCAUGAGCCUAUAAAUUUUGAACAAGCAAUAAUAGAAGAGUGUUGUAAGACCACUAUGGAAGAAGAAAUUAUGGCUAUCAACAAGAAUGACACAUGGGAGUUAUCCCAACUUCCACCAAACCAACAAGCAAUCGGGGUGAAAUGGGUAUACAAAAUCAAGCAUAAUGCAGAUGGUAGUAUUGCUCAUCACAAAGCACGGCUUGUAGUCAAAGGUUAUAAGCAUAAGUAUGGAAUCGAUUUUGAAGAAGUGUUUGCACUAGUGGUCCGAUUUGAUACAGUAAGAUUACUUUUCUCUCUUGCCACAUCUCAUAGUUGGAAAAUCUACCAACUUGAUGUUAAGUUAGCUUUUCUUAAUGGGGUUCUUGAGGAGGAAGUAUAUGCCAACCAGCCAGAAGGUUUUCAAAUAAAGGGAGAAGAACACAAGGUUUAUAUAUUGAAAAAAGCCUUGUACGACCUCAAGCAAGCUCCACGAGCAUGGAAUUCACACAUGGAUGGCUAUCUUCAUCAAGCUGGUUUUGAUCAAUGCCCAUAUGAACCCUGUGUCUAUACAAAAGAAUGGGGGAACUAGAAGUUGAAAAGCAUGCUAACUACAUAUUAUCAGUGGAAAAGAAAAAGGACAGUUUUGAAUCUGUGGUGAUGGAACAUCUACGAAUCAAUGGAGCAUAUUGGGGUCUAACUACUCUGGAUCUCUUAGGGAAGAUUGAUGCAGUUAAUUCUGAGGAGGUGGUUUCAUGGGUCAUGAAGUGCCAACAUGAAUCUGGUGGGUUUGGUGGCAAUAUUGGACAUGAUCCACAUCUAUUGUAUACACUCAGUGCCAUUCAAAUUUUGGCACUUUUUGACAAGAUAAACAUACUAGAUGCUGAAAAGGUAUCAUACUAUAUAGCAAGCCUGCAGAAUGAAGAUGGAUCCUUUUCAGGUGACAUGUGGGGUGAAGUUGAUACACGGUUCUCUUAUAUUGCGAUAUGUUCUCUUGCACUAUUACAUGGCUUGGAAAAAAUUGAUGUGGAAAAAGCCGUAAAGUACAUUGUGAGUUGCAAGAAUCUGGAUGGUGGAUUUGGAUGCACACCUGGUGCAGAAUCUCAUGCAGGGCAAAUUUUCUGUUGUGUGGGUGCCCUUGCGAUAACUGGUUUUCUAGAUCUCGUUGAUAAGGACCUCCUUGGGUGGUGGUUAUGCGAAAGACAAGUUAAAUCUGGAGGUCUAAACGGCCGUCCUGAGAAGCUUCCUGAUGUCUGUUACUCUUGGUGGGUCCUUUCUAGCUUGAUCAUGAUCGAUAGAGUUCAUUGGAUUGACAAAGAAAAGCUUGUUAAAUAUAUCUUGGAUUGUCAGGAUAAAGAAAAGGGGGGUAUUUCAGAUAGGCCAGAUGAUGCUGUUGAUGUAUAUCAUACGUAUUUCGGAGUUGCUGGUCUUGCGCAUCUUGAGUAUCCAGGAUUGAAAGCCAUUGAUCCUGCCUAUGCUUUGCCAGUUGAUGUUGUGGAUAGGAUUUUCCUUGGCAGAUAAACGAUGCAGUUGACGGACCAUUGAUAUACUGAUGAACCAGUGAUCCCAAGGUUGGCCUGAUGGCAAGAGGUAUGGUGGUCCUCUCUGCAACUAGGGUUUAAAUUUCCUUGGAGUAAGCCUUGGUCUGUGGGCUGUUGCAUAAUACCCAAUGAGUUUAGUGCACACUCAAAUCAACAAAAGACACACAAACCAGUGACAGUGUCCGUAAAUUUUGUACGUAUGCCAUGAAUAGA